AUGGAAUUAGAUAAACGCAGUAAGCUCAAAGAGGAGCCUCAUAAUCUCUCUGGUGCUUACAUCCGUAGCCUAAUGAAACAACUCACCUCUUCAAGAACCAAAGAGCCCAUGAAUCCCAACCAGGACAUCGCACUGGGCUGCGAUGGUAUCUCAAGCCACAACACUGCCAAAUUUGGCAACAAAAAAUUUGGAGAAACCCAGAAACCCCACCAGCCUCAACAACACAAAAAACAAGUGAGGCGGAGACUCCACACCAGCAGGCCCUACCAAGAGAGGCUUUUGAACAUGGCUGAGGCUAGGAGAGAGAUUGUUACUGCUCUCAAGAGAAACCCUGGGAUUUACCCGUCAAGCACGUCAAAUUAUCAGGAAACUCCGCCCUUCUCAUCUGAUUUUUCAUUCCAAUAUCCAAACCCAAGUCAAUAUUCAAAUCCAUAUUCUUGGACUCAUUCCACAAUUGCACCUCCACUACCUUACGAAAAUUUUGAUUUCACACUUCCAAACCAAACCCUUGGCCUCAACCUCAACUUCCAAGAUUUCAACAACAUAAACACAACCCUUUACCACAACACCAACAGCCCGUCAAUUUUCUCCACCUCCGCCUCGUCUCCCUCGUCUUCUUCUUCCCCCACUCUCUCUGCUGCCACUACCGAUCCUGAAAUUCUCUCAGCUGCAGGAGCCUCUUCCUCUUUCCAUAUUGAGGCGGAGGAUGCUCCUGCGGUGGCUGAUGCUGUUGACUCCGCUGGGGUUAUCACAAUCAGUGGCGGAGAUGGCAUGCAUGCAGCAAUCGACGACGAGGAGAUGGCGGAGAUCAGAUCGAUAGGGGAGCAGCACCAGAUGGAGUGGAACGACACCAUGAACUUGGUCACGUCAGCAUGGUGGUUUAAGUUUUUGAAGGCUGUGGAGCUCCGUGGGGGCCCACAAGUGAAGGAUGAGGACGAUGGCGAUGGAUACCACCAUCCGUUUGAUGAAGUCAUGGAACUUCCAGCCUGGUUGAAUGCAAAUGAGAGCUGUUUUCAGAAUGAUCAUUUGAAUGCUUGCUACUCAGGCGACUAUUUUCAAGAUCCUGCCUUGCCUUGCAUGGACAUUGGAGAAAUUGAAGGUGUUGACGGGGAGUGGUUAGCCUGA